CUGCGCGCGGGCAGGGCCCCGACGGGCCCAGCCCGGGGGUGGCUGCGGCGGUGCCUGACGGAAAAGCGCCCCGGGAGGGCGGUGCCAUGGCCGCGGCGCCAUGGCCGCGGCGCCGCCGGGCCAGGAGCUGUGUCCGCACUGCCGCAGGCCCUUCAAGCGGCUUCGCAGCCACCUCCCGUACUGCAAGGCCGCGCCGAGACCAGCCCCUGCCAGCGCGCCGGGACCGAGGUCGAGCCCAGGCCUAGCCCGAGGCCCGGCCGCCACCAAAGCCCCGGGGUCAAGUUCAGGCCUAGGCCAAGGCACCGGACCGGGAGCCGCCGCCGGGCCGGGGGCAGGUAGCGGGCCGCGGGUAGGAGCGGCCGGUAAGAGCAGCAGGCUGCCCAGUGCGGCCCCCAAGAAAGCGGCUGCGGCAGGAUGCGCGGAGCCGGCGGCGUCCCGGGAGGGUAAGGAAGCCGCCGCCGAGCAGGGCGGAGCGCUCAGCCCCGGGCUUCGCAGCCAGCCCGACGGGCGCCGCGCAGAGCAGGAGGUGGAGCCCGCGGUGCAGGACGUAGCCCAGUCACUUGAUUUGCUCCCUGAGGAGGUGAAAGAUCUACCCGAAAAACUGAGUAACGGAGUGAAAAUAGUAAUAGAGAAGCACCGCGCCAGGGUGGUCAGGGAGAAGAGCGGCUCCGGGAGCGGGGGCGCUCCCGCAAGAGGCCACAGCUCCCGCGGCUCGCCGGUGGAAAGGCCGGGUCCAGGCGGUGCUGGCAAAGCACAGCCCGGCUUGCAAGAGGGAAUAGCUGUUGGAGAAACCCCAAACACAGCGACACGUGGCCUUGGCGCUGCGGAGAACGCCUCUGCGAGCUCAAAGGGAGGAAAGGGCAGUAGCUUAAAGACAACAGAAGCACCCAUGCUGCGAGCCCCCCCUGAAGCUGACUGCAGAAGUAACCCGAGUGACCUCGUUCGGCAGGAGGCAAUAGACAAAACCAUGACAGAAGAGAAGCAGAUGUAUGUAGAAGCUGGUGUGGAAUAUAAAGCCUCUCUUUCUGCUUUGCAUACCAAGAACCUCCAUCUGUCAGUGAUAGAAGGUUUCAGAGGUCACAGGGAAGGGGCAUCCAAAAAUUGCCUAACCAGCAUACAAAAGCUUCCUGAGAGCAAGCAGCAGAUGGCUGCCGUUCCCCAGCCCAUCCUGAAUGCGAGGAGGGACACCGAGCUGGCGCUGCACCAGUUCUUGUGCCACACCUCCAAAAGCCAGCCCAUCUGUCCAUCCCAGGCCUCUGGCAGGAGCACACCAGCAGGUGCUGUGGGCUUGGAGUGGUUUCCAGACUUACACCCUAAUUAUCAUAGACUGAGCUUUAUUCCAGGGAAGGAUUUCCAAGAAGGCAUUGGGAUCACAACAAAACCACCAACCAACGGUUUCUCGGAGAGACAGCAAGGUCCCCUCUCAGAACGGCGUCUGAUGGACGUGAGGCUGGGGGAGCUUCCCAUGUGGUUGGCCACCUGUGACUUUUCCCUUCAGGGGCUGCUUGGAGGAGUGCAGAAAGCCUGGAGCAGCUAUUAUGACAAAUACAUCAACGUGAAGAGGGGUGGACCAGCAGGGAUCUCCAUGCUGCUGGCUGGAUACUGCCUCCUCAGCUAUGGCUGGAACUAUCAGUACAUCAGGACUCAUCGCUGGCGGAAGUACCACUGAGGAGGCUGGAACAGAAGAUUGGCCUGGGAGCCAUCAGAAGUACUCAGAACAACUGUCCAUAUGGGGACUCAAACCAGCAGAGGCCAAAUUAUCAUCAGAGACAGUUUUUUUAAUCAUUGGGGAGUCUGCUUUUUGGUGACCCUCUUGCAGACAGAGAAGUGACAGUGACAGCCUGCAGUCACUGCACUGUGCUUCAGGCAGCCUUUAAGUACUGAGUGUUAGAGCUGCCCUUCAGGGGUUGGUAUGCAGUAGAGCUCCUGUAGUCCACAGAAGCCCAAAUAUGGGACACCAGACACAGAAGCCCAAAUAUUUGGGACACCAGACACAGGGCAACAUGGCCUAAGAGAAGCUGACAUGUAAUUGGAGUGUUUGACAGCAGGUGGGUUCCAACAGGGUGGGCAUCAGCCAGAAGAAUCCCUUCAAGUUGGCAGAGUUGUGCCCAUCUUUACUUAUCCCACUCCACAGCAAGACAGAAGGUAGCCCCUGCAGAACCCUUCCACUGACAGCCCCCAGCCCCUGUCAGCACAGCACUGGUAGGACUGGCCAGGCUCUGAGGGAGCACCUUGGUGAAGGCACUAAAGCAGCAUUCGGACUGCAGCGCCCUAGUUCUGGAGAAGGAAAAUCCAUUGGAUUAGCUGCUGUGCCCAAAGGGCAAACCAAUGUAACAUCAGACAAACCAGGACAGUUAGGAGAGAGCUAGUUGUAGCCUGCCAUCAGCAGACAUGUCUGGAAAAGGGUUGGUCAUGCUACAGGCAUGAAGGGUGAAAUAACAUGCCAAAUAAAAAACCCAACUUGAUCCCUUAAUGGAAAACAAUUCUGUGUCAGAGGUGUUUCACCAGAAUCUCCUCCUCUUAGCAGCAAUAAAGCAGCCUUGGUGAAUUUUCCUUUC